CCAUGACGUACGGAGGGGUGUUUGUGUAUUGUGUACACUAAAACUUCCACAACUUUCUCGGCGCCGAAACGGGGAUUACCCUUGACUCAAAUUUAAGAGUUUGUAAUCGCCGCGCUUCGACGAUAAUAGUGCGAGACAGGGCGAGGUUGAAAGGCAAGAGGGGAUGUAUUGCGGUGAGGGUGUCCUGUGAAAAGUAGGGAGAAUGUGAGGCACAUGUGGAAGGAAACAUUAGUCUAAAUCAAAUCUAGUGCAACUUAAACUAUAGUUUGUCAAUGACGUGAAAUACAACUCAAGAAAUCAAGAUGGAUGUUGUCUAAAAAACAGUGCUUUGAAUUGGACGAGAAUGGCAUUGCAUUCUCUGAACUUUCUAACUUAUUUCGUGAUUCUCUUAUAUUUUGUCUACUGCAUAAAUGGAUCUUCCCACUACAUAAAAAACGUCGACAAAGCCAUGUUUCGCCACAGGAGAAGCUACGAACUGCGUCGCAAAGGAAAAGAAAGUGUUGUUGAUAGCAAUUCAGUCAAAAGUAUGUCAAAUGGCAGUAAGCCGGGGGUUUUUGCCACAGAAAAUUGCACCGUGGUCGUCGCACAAAUUGGAGGGACGGCGACACUGCCUUGCGUUGUUAGGAAAUUCAAUAACGGGGUUGUCUCGUGGAUUCGCAAACAGGAUUAUCACCUCCUGACAGUCGGUCCGACUACGUACAAUACAGACGACCGCUUCUUGGUGGAGCAUGUUCGACAUCUUCAAAAUUGGGGCCUCCUUAUCAAGCACGUUCAGCCCUCCGAUGCAGGUUUCUAUGAGUGCCAAAUGUCUACUCAUCCACCAACUAGUAUUCUUAUCGAACUUAAGGUCACUAAGGCCUUAGCGGAAAUUCAGGGUGCCCCCGACUUGUAUAUGCGAUCGGGGUCGUUGCUUCGCUUAGUUUGUACCUUGCGGCAUUCCACGGAACCUCCCGCCUACGUUUUUUGGUAUCACGAACACAGAAUGAUUAACUACGACCCAGGAGUCACGGUAAAAGAAAGCCGUUCUUCCAGCGUUCUCCUCCUCCAAGAUGCUGAUAAGAGUCACAACGGCAACUAUACCUGCAGCCCUUCCAACGCGGUUCCCGCAUCCAUUAACGUCCACGUCCUUAACGCCACAGCAGAAGAAAAGCCAGCAGCCAUGCAGCACGCCAACACCAGCUCGUCAUCCUCAUAUUCUCUCGUGAAAUGCAGCAUUCUCUUCAUCGUCCUCAUACCAGUGCUGCCUACCACGUGAUCGUGACAGAGGAUAAGAUUUAUUGGACUUCUAUUUGUGAUGUUUUAUAAGUGAUAUAACAGUACUUUGUAAGCCUAACUCAACUUUGUAAAUUUGUAAAUAUUUGUUUAUAAACGUUUAAUUGAAAUUGAGAUAUUAUUGUAUCAUUGCCAAACACUUCCAUGUAACAUCAAUAUGUGAAAUGAUUCAAUUUUAUUUUUAUUGAAUAAAUGACUAAAAUAUUAUUUA